GACCGGUGUGUGUUCGAAUUUAGUCUAACAGCUUUUUGGCAAGACUCCCUCGGGCGCGAGCGUUACAUAAAAUGAACGUCGCAUCGCUUACAGUACAAAAAGGUUAAAAAUAGAUUUUCAGUGACGGACAUUUUUGUUUUCAAAUGACAUACAUACGGCGUUGACUCUGUUAUUACGCUUUAGAAAUCAAAGUGAAAACUCAGAAAUCAGAUACUGUAAACAUUGGACUGUUUUUUUGUGUUUUGUGAUACAGUUUACGUUAUAAAAGUGUUGUUAAAUAAAUAAGGAAUAGUUGUGAAGUUCAACUACGUGACUUAAAAGUUAAUUUAUUAAAGUGUUGUGACUUGUGGUGUAAAUAAUGGCUCAAGUUGAGCCAAUGGACGUAGACAAUGUUGGAAGCGACUUUGAUGACAAAGAAAAUUCCUUACUGCACAGUAAUGUCUUGCCAAGAACUCCGUGCACUGAAAAAGGGUAUGAAGAAUUGGAUGUCUCAGAGCUGAAUAUGAAAUUGAGGUACUCCAUCACACCAGCUUCAUCUCCAAUGUCAAAGAGCUUCACAGCAAAUUGUAAGGAUAAUAAAACCUAUAGCAUUAAUGAGGAUAGUCUUAACAGUACAAUUGUAAAUAACAGCACAAGUCUAACUAGAUCUCUAAAUGCAACAAUAAGCAAAUUUGAUGUAUCUAAGUCACCUAAACUUCCAUUGCAAGCUUUAUCGACAGAUCAGUAUGUAGAUAUGAACUCAAAAGUGAGAAGAUCACUUGAUAAUGACCUUAAAAAUAUUACAAUAUCAAUAGACGGGAAUGAUAUUGAUGAAAAUAUAUCUUUACCAAGUACAUCAUCCUCUGCUGUCCAGACUCCGGAAGCGACAACCCCUACAAAAGAAAUUCCUAAAGACGGUGGAUCACCUAUCAUGAGAGGAUUAAAAAGUGUUCUCAAUAUGUUUCGUACAUCUCAAAGUCCAAUACCUCCCGAUGAUAAUUUAGACAAGAAGGACAUUACAGAACAUUUAAAAGUAGAAGAGAAGAAACCCGAGACAGUUUUAGCAUCAACGCCGAAAGCUUGCGAUAAAAAUAAAGAUAAUUCUUCAAAAAGAAGUAGCCCGCUAAAAGAUAGUAUGAUAUUUAACGAUGAUUUGGAAAGGGAGCUGCAAUGGAAGGAUGACUCCACUAUUAUAUUUAAACAAGAAAAAAUCCCUAUACACAAGUUAUUCUUACAACAAUCAACCUCAACUGCUAUAGAGAAGAUACAACCGAAAACUAAUGAAUCUGAAAAAUUAAACUCUACCGUUGAGUACAUGGAUAUCUCAUACAAUGAUUCUGUGAUCGCUGAUAAAACUAUGGCUGAUAUUGAAAGUAAAAUGAUUUCAAGUAAUAUUGAAGCAAGUGUUGUGGAAUCUGACGGUGAGUUCCUUGAUUGUGAGACAACAUACAUAAAAAGUGAUGAUAUUAAUUCAGAACAAAUUAAUACUACUAUUCCCGUUAAUACAGACAAGGAACAUUUCUUGCAAGAUGUAUGUACUGAUAAAAUUAUUAGUCUACAUAAGAGCCUAGGAGAAAUUAACAAUAUUGCAAAUGAUUCUAAGAUUAUAUCUACAGAUUUAUCGAGCGUUGAUGCUCAUAUUCAAUUUGAAGAACGGGAAUCAUUAUCCAGUUCAUUAAAUGAUGUCAAACCUGAAAAUGUAGUAAAUGACACACAUAAAUUAAUUCCUGAUGUAACAGAAGAAGAAAAUAAUGUUCAAUUUGAAAAACUGAAUACAUUGUCCAGUACAUUAACUGACGUCAAACUUGAAAAUGUAGUAAAUGACACACAUAAAUUAAUUCCUGAUGUAACAGAAGAAGAAAAUAAUGUUCAAUUUGAAAAACUGAAUACAUUGUCCAGUACAUUAACUGACGUCAAACUUGAAAAUGUAGUAAAUGACACACAUAAAUUAAUUCCUGAUGUAACAGAAGAAGAAAAUAAUGUUCAAUUUGAAAAACUGAAUACAUUGUCCAGUACAUUAAAUGAUGUCAAACCUGAAAAUGUAGUAAAUGACACACAUAAAUUAAUUCCUGAUGUAACAGAAGAAAAAAGUAAUGUUCAAUUUGAAAAACUGAAUACAUUGUCCAGUACAUUAAAUGAUGUCAAACCUGAAAAUGUAGUAAAUGACACACAUAAAUUAAUUCCUGAUGUAACAGAUGAAAAAAGUAAUGUUCAAUUUGAAAAACUGAAUACAUUGUCCAGUACAUUAACUGACGUCAAACUUGAAAAUGUAGUAAAUGACACACAUAAAUUAAUUCCUGAUGUAACAGAAGAAGAAAAUUAUGUUCAAUUUGAAAAACUGAAUACAUUGUCCAGUACAUUAAAUGAUGUCAAACCUGAAAAUGUAGUAAAGGACACACAUAAAUUAAUUCCUGAUGUAAAAGAAGAAGAAAAUAAUGUUCAAUUUGAAGAACUGAAUAUAUUGACCCGUACAUUAAAUGAUGUCAAAUCUGGAAAUGUAGUAAAUGACACAUAUGAGCAGAUUCCAGAUGUUGCUAUUAAAUGCCAAAAAGAAAGUAAUUUAAUAGAUGACAUACAAGUUCAUGAAGAUGUAACAUCAGCAUUAGAAGUCUCAGCUGAUAAAGCUGAAUCAAAUAAUUACAUAGACCAAGCCAAUGUUUCUGUGCCACAUAUUUAUAAGGAUGAUAUUAAAUUAGAUAGUUUUGCACAAGAUAAACAAUUAUUAAAUAAUUUGACUCAUUACAUACAAGAAGAUGCUAGUUCAACAGAAUUAACCUUUGAUGUAACUAAGCCCUUAAAUAUAGUAACAGAUAACGAUAACACAUUAGCUAAAGUGCAUGAUAGGUCUAACAAUUUUGAAAUUAUUGGCAAAGAAAAGUUAGAAGUAAUUGAGUUAAACUCUCAACCAUUAAAUUCAGGAAUAUUACAAAUAUGUGAGAACAAAGCUGGCGAUACUAGACAUGAUCAUGCUAAUACCACAUUAGAUAUCCUAGAUUUUAAAUCAGAGGCUGUUCAUUUGGAAGAAAAUAAAAUUGAAUAUCAUGUCAUUGAUGAAACGUUUGAAAAAACUAAAACGAGUUCCUCCAUAUCUAAAAAUUAUGAAUCAAAUGAAAUUCAUAAUCAUACUGAAGAUCUCCUAAAUAAGUCUGACAGAGUUGAUUUGUCUUGUUUAAAUAAUACCACUGACAGUCUACAUAUAAAUAAACAACCAGACCUAGAAGAUAAAAUAACUUGUUUAAAUUUCGUUGAAAAUGACGAUCAAAGCAACUCUUAUGAAAGUACUGAAAAACCGAUUGGAAUCACUGAUAUAGGAUACAAUAAUUCUCAGCCAAGUGAUAAUAUCCCUCAGUUAAGUGAUAACGCACUCCAGUCAAUUGAACCACAAGUGACUGAGUUGAUAAAUAAUUUUCCGUCUGAUAUUCCUUUACCCAGUGAUGAUGAUAUUGAAAAAGACAGCUUAAUGGACAACUUUGAAAUACAAAAUGAAAAUGUAGUAGAAGCUUUAAAUAACGUGGAUGGUAUUAGUAUAAAUGAUCAAAUUAUGGAUUCUUUAGAGCCUAUGGAUGUAGUUACCCGAGAAGAUCUUACAAUAAAUCCUGAACAUUCAAAUGAAAUGAUAAAUAUACUACCUGCUUCUAGUCUAGACGAAAUCCAGAACAAGAUAGAACCUCUUUCGAAUUUGCCUAUUUCUAGCUACGAGACCAACAAUAAAACUGUAGUAUUAAACGAAUCUGCUACUAUAGUAGCAAAUAAUGAACCAAACUUCCCGUAUAGUUUACCUGAAUUAAAUAAAACUGAAACACUAAGCGAAGAUAAAUCUGCGUCUGUAAAAACUAAUGAGAAUCAUAAAUAUAUUAACUGCGAAAAAGAUAUUGAAGAAAUAAAAUUAGAAGAAAGUACUAAAAUUGAAAUUGAAGAACUUAAAAAUGACAACACGAGUGAUGAGGGACUGAAUGAAAAUAAAUUGGUUGACGAAGAAAUUGUGACAUCUGCGAAUAGUAGUCCUUUUGUUUCUGUUGGAAACUUUGAUUUAAAUGUAAAUAAAAAUGAUAUUAAUUUAGAUGAAAUAGAAAGUCCCUUUGAAACUAAAACUAAAAUCGCAUUGUCACCUCCAAUAUCUCCGAAUCUAAAUAGAAAAGGGUAUAAUAUAAAUUUUGAUGACAUUGACGAUCCAUUUGCUACUAAAACUAAUAUUAGAAUGUCACCACCUCCUGAAAGUAGUCCCAGGACUACUAGUGCGCCGAUAAAUAUUAAUCAAAAGAAAACAGACAUUCAGAAGAGAGUUCAACAGCAAAAUAGAAGAAAGUCUCAACCUGAACGACAAAAGAGGGAUCUAACAAAAAAACGCAUUAACAUUUCCUAUAGUUGUGAUACAAGAGGUAACAAUUACAAGAAACAAAUGAGUACAACUAACAAUGAAAAUGAGAAUAAAAAACUAAUUGAUAAAAACUAUAAAACUGACAUAAAUAGCACUAUUAUAACAUCAGUUAUUGCUGAUCAAUUUGUAGCUGAAAAUAUCGAUCCUUUUGAUAAUAAGUGCGAAAUGGAUGACGUUAAUACUUCUGAUAACAAUCUUUUUAAUCUUAAUGAAACAGUUACAAUACCAGAUGAAUCAAAACCUCUUUAUAGUGAUUUAAUACAAGACAAUACUACAGGACAAAAGGCAAUUAUAGGUAAUAUUUCUGCAAAAAAGUUUCCCCCUAAAAAUGUUUUUAAUUUACCAGAAAUUGAUGACAUGAAUUUUAAUCCAUUUGCAUCAAAGUCGAAAAUUCGUAAUUCACCAUCACCAACAUUCGAGAAAGAAUCUGUAUUAUUAGAGGAAAACAACUUACCUUCAGAUCCAAUUAAUGAAAUGAAACAAAAAUCAGUAGCAGAUACAACCGUAAAUAUCGAAAGUCAAGAAGAUAAGAUUGAGUCGCCUAAUGUGAGUAGUGAAACAUUUUCAUCCAAAAAUAUUAACAAAAAUAGUACAGUAAAAGAAAUCGCUACUGAAGAUGAAGAUACAGUAGAAGGUCCUUUCCUGGAGGCUGAAGAAUUUUCAGAUGUAGUUAAAAUAUCAGAUUUUGCCACUGAAAGAGAUGUGACGGAAUUUGAAAACUUUCACACAGCAGUUAACCCUGAAAUUAAAGAUGAAGGUGAACUUUUUAUAGACGCUGAAGCAUUUGAAUUUCUACUUAACCAAAAUAAAAGUAAUGUGGUAGCAGAUAGUGGUAAAGAAAGCCUAUUUUUAAAAUUCGAUCCGCUUUUUGCUAAAAGAGUCUCAUCAGAUGGAGUUUUGGCUGCAUUAAAUAGAAUUCAAAAGAGGCAAAGUACACCGAAAAAAGCACCCUCCACACCCAAUCAAAAUGCUGUAAUUAAUGAAGAAAGACCAUCAAGUGAUGCAACAAAAUGCAAUACGUUGUUGGAAGAAAGUAAUGAUGAAAAUAACAUUACGAUCGUUAAGCCUAUGAUGGUUGUCAGUCCUGCUAUUAAUUCUCUUGUUUCGCCAAGAAAAUCCACAUCACCACCUAGGAUAAACAGGCGCUCGUUAACUUUUACUUCUCCUGCUAUGGCUGUUAUUGAUAGGCUGCUUUCUCUGAGCAGUAAUAGUUCAACCCUAGACCACGAUGCAAGCCCACCACGAAUAAAUAGAGAAUACAAUGACACCAAUAUUGCUCUCACUCAACUAAGAGAACUAUUAGCUGAAAAAGAAAUACAUGUUCAUAACUUAAGAUCUGAAAGUAAGGAAUUGAAAGAAAGAUUAGCAGUAAUGGAAUCUCAAGUGAAAACAUUGGAGAAAGAAAGUGAGGAACGAUUAAAAAAGGUUAAUGAUUUAAAUGAGCGUCUGGCGGAAAAAACGAAAAUCAAUAAGAGUAUGGCAGUUGUCGUAGAGGAGUAUGAAAGAACGAUUGCUAGUUUAAUAGCUGAAAUGGAUCAAGAAAAGAGGCGGAAUGCGGAAGAAAGGGCAAGGAUAAUUAGUGAGAGAGAUGAACAAACGGCUCAUUUGUCAAGUAUGGAAGUAUCGUUUAGCGAUUUGCACAGCAAAUAUGAGAAAAGUAAACAAAUUAUAUUAAGCAUGAAAGCUAACGAAGAUACAUACAAAAAGUCGUUGAAAGAUUUCGAAGACAAUCUCCUUAAAAUGCAAAAUAAUUAUGAACUGUUGAAACAGCACGCUACAUCUAAAUUGAAUCACGCAAACCAGGAGUUAGAGAAGUUUAAUAGAGCACACGAAUCAGAAGUUUUGAAACUGAACGCUAUGAUAAAGCGCAAGGAACUACAUAUAACGUCUCUUGAAGAAUCACUCGCACAGAAAACGAAGGCCAAUGAAGAACUGACCGCCAUUUGUGAUGAACUCAUCAAUAAGGUUGGAUGAACUUAUUUAAAUGCAAACAACUCCUACCGUAGCUCGUAAUUUCGACUGAUUUUUCACGACUCGCUUAUGUACUUAUCUUGCGAUAAGUUGCAUUAAGUGCAAACCUCAAUUAAGUGCCAAUUCUGUAGUUCUUAAAAGUAAGACUGUUUAUUGUGAUACAGUGAUUUUGUGAAAAUUUAAAAUUAUGUUUAUGACAAUAUUUUCAAUUUUAAAUUUUUUACAUAAUUUAGAAAUUGUUUGAGUAUUUAUAUCGAACGCAAGAUUUAACAUAAAAUACGUAAAGAAAACACAUCUUUCUAAGAUUUAUUGAAUUAAAAUGCACAUGUUUUGCUUUUAGACGAUACGUUACACUAUUCAUGUUAUGCUGGACAUAAUAAUAAGUUGUAACAUGUAAAGACAUUUACAUUUUGAUUUGAGAGCACGUUUUUGAAAAUGUCUCCACAAAUGUUAAGGUUGUUACUUGUGACUAACAUGUGACAAAAUAUUUUAAUAGACACUACUCUGUUCAAUGAGUAUUGUUAAAUUUUUAGAAUUAUCUUUUUGGGUUUAUUUAAUGAGUGUAUAUUUUUUGACAUUAUAUAAUGAGAUAUUAUUUUUUAUAAAUGUUUAAAUAAAGUAUUAUGAUACCAGAGUAAAUGCCCCAGAUAUUGAAUACGUUAUGAAUUUGAAAAACAAAAUGGUAAUAACCUUUGAAGAUUUUUUUAAUGUUUCUUAAUUAUAAUUUUUUAAAGAUUCGGUCUCAUGACUCAAAUAAGUAAUCCAUGUUGAAUUGUUAGAUAAUAAAGUGACAGACUUUGUUUUUUUUUCACUCUAAAUUGAAGACAAUUAGACCGUUUUUUCUAUGUGUAGAAAGGUUGUUGUUUAUUUUAAUUAUAUAAACGUACCCCUGAAUAUUUUAAACACACUUAACAGUCAGCAUAAUUUAAUUAUAAAAAGUAAGAAAACCAAUUUGCAUGUUCAUUUUUAAAUUACAUAUUAUAGUCUUAUUUUUAUAUAUAUGCAACACGUAUCUAGUAAAUAUACCUAUCUAGAUGUAAAACAAAAUUUAUUAUCAUAAGUUCAAUGACCCUUUCCAUGUUAUAAUAGUGACUAUAUUUUUAAUCUUGUGUGAUUUUCAUGCAUGAGAGUUGAACCAAUAUUUGUUUACACUGGACCCGAAAUAAUACCAUUCCUUUCGUCUAUUUGAAAUAUAUUUUUGGAAGGAAAUUGUCUUGCAUGUUUGCUGAUACAGUUACAUGUUUUAAAAACUCGAAUUGUUGUAUCUGAUAUUUUUGUAUAAUAUUGUGUUAUAGAUUGAUUAGAUAUUAUUUUAGUUAAUAAAUGUAUUGACUUUGUGAAAA